AUGGAGGUUCUACCCUGCCUUAUGGAUGAGAACUCUGCCUUGCGGAGGGAAGAAGAGAUCAAGUGGAUAUGCCCAACUGCUCCUACUUGCCUAGUGGCUAUACUUGGUGGAUUCCCUCGCACUGCAUGGUUUGACGUUAGAGAACUUUCAGAAGAUAGUCCUGAUGUUUUUGAAGGUUUAGACACUUCAGUAGUGCAUAUUGCAAACUUCUUGUCAACAGAGCCUGCUGAUAUUAAACUUGGUAUCGAGGGUUUUAGUAUGGGUGUUGCAACUGCCCUCUACUCUGCAACUUGUUUUGCCCAGGGACAAUAUGGAAAUGGGAUCGAUUACCCUGUUAACUUGAGGGCUAUUGUUGGUCUAAGUGGUUGGCUUCCUGGUUCAAGUUUAUGCACGACGUUGAGGAACAAGAUAAAACGAUCACAGGAGGCUGCAAGGCGUGCUGCAUCUUUGCCCAUUUUGCUCUGUCACGGAAUUU